UCAAAUAAGAGGAGCAAAGUGUAAUUUACCUUUUAAUUUGCCAUUCAUUUUCAAUCCCCAAACAAUACCCUCAUUUGUCCACAUUCGAUCUCUGUUAUCGCAGACGAUGAACGCUGUAUCCAACGACUCCGCCAACGAUUUCAUCCAAGACAACUCUGAGGGAAGCGAUUCCGACACCGACAUCAACACCAACACCGACGAUUCGCCUCAAUUCUAUCAGCCAAUCUCCGAUGUUUCCGAUUCAGCGAAUUUUGAUGGCGAUUCAGACGAUGAUUCUAUUUUUCCUCAUCUUGCAAACGGUUAUGCAAAUUCCGUAGAAAUUGGAAUUUCUUCGAUCGAUCUCAGCGAUGACGAAGAUACAAAAAGCAACGAAGAAGAUGAUGAUGAGAGGAUGAGAGAAGUUACUGAUUCGGCGAUACAGAGGGCGGUAAGAGAAGAUGAGAGUCGUCGAAAUGCUCCGUUGACGGCAGAGACGGCGAGGAGAGUGAUGGAGGCGAUGCGUGGGGUGUCGUUCAGUGGAUUUGCUCCAGAUUGGGCGAAUCGAGUUCCUGAAGAUCAGUGGAUCAAUCAGAUCAGAAGAUUGAGGCCACCAGAGACUACAAUUCACCAGAAUUGAGGAAAAAACGUGAGAUGUUCCCCCACUUUUGUUUUUGUUCUCUUCUGUUCGUGGAUUUUCUUCAUGUUUUUAGUUGGAAUAAUUAGGUAAGAAAUAAAGGAAAUUCUAUACUGGACCAAAGCUUCAGAUCCAAACUCUGAAGAUUGUUAGCAAGCAUAGGUUUGAAUGGGUUAUUGAUUUUAUUUUUUUGAUAAAGAGGCGAGGCGAGGCGAGGCAAGGCAAGUAUUAUUAUUUAUAAUAUUAUUAUAUCCUUGUUGACAAAAGAGUUUACAAAACAAGGAGGUUGAUGAUAUAUUAUAAGGGAUCCUUGUUGAUCAAAAACAACAACUUUAGCAAUAGUUAUGCUGGAUGGAGACCGUCCAAUCACGCCCAAGAAGAGACCUGCAAUCGUGAACAAGUGGUUGGAUCCAAGUGACCGUCGGUGUUGAGUUUGAUAAAAGGGGGGGAAGGUUGUUGCCAUUUAAUCCAAAGAGUGUGAGUGAGUUUGGGUUGUAUAGAAGGGUAGGCGAGGCAGUAGAAUUCCAUUGUUUGGUGGGUAAUCAAUUGAAGUUGUUUGCCGAUUGGAAUAUUUAAAGGAUUGAAAAAAUUAUGAUUUCUAGCCAA